AGCCCCUGGCUCGGUCACUGCUCGGAGUAACUGGUUAUAUCUUUUCUUUAUUUAUAUGAAGGCAACUAAAAGCUGUCCGUUCCUUUCAUCGUCUUCGGUUGGGUUUUAGGGCAACCUCGUCAGACAGACAGAACUACACGAAGAAGCGCCUCAGUAAAAACAUCCUGCUCUAAACCAAUAGCGUAAACCCAGGCAAGGAAUCUGAUCUGCUCAAUUUGAUUGAUAUGUCGAAUUUUGCGAAACCAGAAAAUGCUUUGAAACGAGCUGAAGAGUUAAUAAAUGUUGGACAAAAGCAAGAUGCAUUGCAAACACUUCAUGGCCUUUUCACCUCAAGGAGACACAGAGCAUGGCAAAAGCCACUUGAAAGGAGUAUGUUUAAGUAUAUAGAGCUGUGUGUAGACUUGCGGAGGGGUCGGUUUGCCAAGGAUGGACUCAUUCAAUAUCGUAUCAUAUGUCAGCAAGUAAAUGUUAGUUCUUUGGAGGAGGUAAUCAAACAUUUCAUGCAUCUAUCAACUGAGCGAGCUGAGCAAGCUCGUAGCCAGGCACAAGCUUUAGAAGAAGCUCUUGAUGUUGAAGAUCUAGAAGCAGAUAAAAGACCAGAAGACUUAAUGCUAAGCUACGUGAGUGGAGAGAAAGGGAAAGAUAGAUCUGAUCGAGAGCUUGUGACCCCAUGGUUUAAAUUUCUAUGGGAAACGUAUAGAACAGUGCUUGAAAUCUUACGGAACAAUUCAAAAUUGGAAGCACUAUAUGCGAUGACAGCGCAUCGAGCUUUCCAGUUUUGUAAGCAAUACAAACGAACAACAGAGUUUCGCAGGCUGUGUGAGAUCAUAAGAAAUCAUUUGGCAAAUCUCAACAAAUAUCGAGACCAGAGGGACCGACCUGAUCUUUCAGCUCCUGAAAGCUUGCAACUGUAUCUUGACACGAGAUUUGAGCAGCUAAAAGUUGCCACUGAACUUGAACUCUGGCAGGAAGCCUUUCGAUCAGUUGAGGACAUUCAUGGAUUGAUGUUCAUGGUCAAGAAAACGCCCAAGGCAUCCUUGAUGGUUGUUUAUUAUGCUAAGCUAACUGAAAUAUUUUGGAUUUCUGCUAGCCAUCUUUAUCAUGCUUAUGCAUGGUUCAGGCUUUUCUUAUUACAGAAAAGCUUCAAUAAGAACUUGAGCCAGAAGGAUUUGCAAUUGAUAGCAUCAUCUGUUGUUUUGGCUGCUCUUUCAGUGAUGCCUUAUGAUCGCAUCCACAGUGGAUCUCAUUCAGAUCUUGAGAAUGAGAAAGAGAGAAACCUGAAGAUGGCUAAUCUCAUAGGAUUUAAUCUUGAGUCUAAACUUGAGAGCAGAGAAGUGCUUUCAAGGUCAUCCCUUCUCUCCGAACUGGUGGCCAAAGGUGUAAUGUCUUGUGUAAUUCAAGAAGUGAAAGACCUUUACCAUCUUCUAGAACAUGACUUUUUCCCUCUAGAUCUUGCAUCAAAAGUUCAGCCUUUGUUAACCAAAAUUGCAAAAUUUGGUGGCAAGCUUUCUUCAGCUUCUUCUGUCCCAGAAGUACAAUUGUCUCAAUAUGUUCCUGCCCUGGAAAAGCUUACGACUUUGAGAUUGUUACAGCAGGUAUCUCAAGUGUACCAGGCAAUGAUGAUUGAGAGUUUGUCUAGGAUGAUCCCUUUCUUUGAUUUUUCUGUUGUGGAAAGGAUAUCUGUGGAUGCAGUCAAGAAUAAAUUUUUGGCCGCAAAAGUUGACCAUAUGAAGGGUAUUGUUACGUUUGAUAAUAUGGGCCUUGAGUCUGAGAUUCUAAGGGAUCACCUGACCAUCCUUGCACAAACUUUGAAUAAAGCUAGGGCAAUGAUUUAUCCUCCUAGUAGGAAUGCCUCAAAACUUGGUGAAUUGCUUCCCAGUUUAGCUGAAACUGUGGAUAAGGAACAUAAGAGAGUUCUUGCUCGAAAAUCCAUAAUUGAGAAACGCAAAGAAGAAGAAGAACGCAAACUUCUUGAGAAGGAACGUCUGGAAGAGUCAAAGAGGAUAGAACUGCAGAAGAUAACUGAGGAAGCAGAAAGAAAAAGACUGGCUUUUGAGUUUGAGGAGAGGAAGAAUGAAAGGAUCCGCAGGGAAAUAGAGGAGCGGGACCUUGCAGAAGCCCAAGCUUUGCUUCAGGAAGCUUCACAACGAAUUAAGUGGAAAGGAAAGAAGACAGGCAUAGAGGGAGAAAAACUUACGAAGCAGAGUGUGAUGGAGUUGACUUUGACUGAGCAACUCCGAGAAAGGCAGGAAAUGGAAAAGAAAUUGCAGAAACUUGCAAAGACUAUGGAUUAUUUGGAGAGAGCGAAAAGAGAAGAGGCUGCUCCCCUGGUUGAAGCUGCAUAUCAACAGCGUUUAGUGGAAGAGAGGGCUCUACAUGAACACGAGCAACAGCAAGAGAUUGAGCUUAGCAAACAGCGCCAUGAUAAAGAGGUAAAGGAGAAGGAGAGGCUGGCUCGCAUUAAGAACAAUAAGGAAAUAUUUCAAGAAAGAGUUGUAAGUCGCCGGCAGGAUGAAUUUAUCAGAUUGAGAAGGGAGAGAGAGGAGCAGAUCGCACAAAUUUUGAUGUCCAGGAGACAAGAAAGAGAGAAGAUGAGGAAAAUGAAAUUUUAUUUGAGUUUAGAAGAGGAGAGACAGAAAAAAUUGCGUGAGGAGGAGGAAGCACAGAAGCGUGAAGAAGCUGAGAGGCAAAGGAAAGAGCAGGCUGAACGCCAAGCAAAGUUGGAUGAGAUUGCUGAAAAACAGAGACAAAGAGAGAGAGAGCUGGAAGAAAAAGAGAGGUUAAGGAGAGAAGCACUUUUGGGGAGACCCACUGAGGGACCUUUAAAGCCUUCUCAACCUCCUACUUCACCCCGCCCAUUGGAUACAGGAUCUGCUGCUGUUCCGGCUCCUGCUGCAGCAGCAGCAGCAGCUGCACCAUCCUCUGGAAAAUUUGUCCCCAGGUUUAGGCGGGGAUCAGAGAGCUCAGGCCAGGCCCCACCCCCAGAAUCUGAUCGGUGGGGUAGCAGACAGGAUGAUCGAAUGACUCAAGCAGGUGACAGGUGGCGCAGUGAUGACCGCAGAUCCUCUGGUGGAUCCUCCUUUGGUGGGGGUGGUGGCUCAAGGUCAACAUGGUCAUCAUCCAGGAUCCCUACUCGUGGCUCUGAACGUUGAAUUUAAAUUUAAGCAGCUUUGGAGGGUUUAAAAGUUGCACUUUUGCUGCCGAAAUGUGGUUGUGGUUCUAGCUGGGCAUUUGCUUCUUAAGCAUUCUGGUUCUUUUCGCAACUUUUGGUUGUUUUUUUUUGUUUGUUUGUUUCCCUCCCAUUUAGAUUUAUUUUUAAUUAAAUAUAACUUGUUCCCAUCAUGCUCAAUGCAUACGUUCCCUCGGAUAAUUGCGGGAUCUAAUUUUGAAGUGUGGCAAUGAGAACUCCAUGUGAGCUUGAUGAGGAAAUAGUUGUCCAGAAUAUCUUAUACAUCGUGAUGCUAAUUGGGGUUGUAGCUGUGACUCUUGUUACAGGUUGUAUGUUGAUUGUUGGGACUCGUUGUUUGACUACUCUAAAUGGUUUAUUUAGAGCAGUUUUACUAUUGUUCAAGGUUUCAAUUUUGACCUGGUCA